AUGCUUAGCCUCUUUCCGCCAGAAGAGUUCACUCUCGCGCAGUUGGCUCACCCUGCUCCGUCGGUCGCGCGAGACAGGUUCGUGAUGCAGAUGUCCAACUUCUUGGCCUCCGUACCCCCCGUGGCUCCCGUCGACAGCAUUGUCAGCAGAUGGGGUAAUAUUAACCGUCACAAGAGCAAGACCGUUCAGGAUGCCAUUGAAUGCGUCCGCCGUAUCGACAUCGGAUACCUCCGGGUCGAUGCCCUCUUCGUCGUGCAGGACGACGAGGACGAAAAGGCAAGCGAGACGGCUCGCAUGGCGGCCAUUUACCGCGACGCCGACGUCACUAUCACCGCCGCCCUCGCCCCUGAUGAAGCCGAGGGGUUCCUCCACGAGCGGGCGUGUAUUCUCGCCGCGGACGACGCGGGCGAUGCUGUUCCCUACUUGCUGUUUUGCUGCGGUGACGGCCCGACGAUAUUGGCAUUGUCGGGUUACUCAAGUUCUCCAAUACCGAGUCCCGCGACCCCAUCGUGCGGCGCGGAUGGACCUUUCAGAAGAGCACGCCGUCCAGCCCUUCUGGGCUCGGCGGCGCAACCCGCUCUAAAAGAGGACGACUGGGAAAGGGAGUGGGAGCAGAUCGUUGAGGAGUGUUCGUCGCGAGCCCUUAGCUUUUCUGGUGAUAAGCUGCCGGCGCUCUCGGCUGUCGCCUCGACGUUUUCCGCAUGGUGUCUCGGUUCCUAUGUCGCAGGUGUACGGGUGCCAUGGCUGGUGAGGCUGCUUCUAUGGCGGAGCCCGGCUCAGGACCAAGCCGUCCGCAUGAAGGAUAUUGCCCCGUCCUGGUCAUGGGAAUCAUUGUCAGGUUCCGUUGCGUUUGUGACACAAGACUUUACGUUGUAUCAUGACCGGCGGAACGGGAACUUCAGCAUCCCAGAUAGCCCAUGGCGCGUGUUGACGGAGCAGAUCGAGAUUAUGACAUGCGACUAA